AUUAUCUGGACCGAAAGCUGGUCGGUCCUCCAGGCCACGUCAAUCAUUAGAGCAAUUGGGAGUGGAAGCCAGAAAUAGGUGGGACUGGAGGAACGUGUAAUUCGAUCCCACAAUUCCGUCCCCGGAAGUUGGAGUGUGGGUUCCGCCGCGGGCUCGGAGCAGCCCGGGCCUGCAUGGCAGCAGUGGUUCUGGGGGAAGAUAAGAUGGGUCCUGAGCGGAUCUUCCCAAACCAGAAUGAGGAUCUGGGGCAGCAUCAGGGCCCCACAGAUGGCACAGGUGACUGGAGCAGUGAAGAACCUGAGGAAGAGCCUGAAGACUUGGGGUCAGGCCCAACAGACUAUUCCUACCAGCCUCUGAACCAGGACCCUGAGCAAGAAGAAGUAGAGCUGGCACCAGUGGAAGGUAUUGAAGAUGCUGUCACUGACAUUCAGGAACGUAUCCAGGCCCUGGGGCUGCACCUGCCUGACCCUCCUAUGGAGAGUGAAGAUGAGGAAGAGGAGGGAGCUGUAGCACUGAGCAGCAGAAGUUCCAUACCCAUGGACCCAGAACAUGUGGAGUUGGUGAAACGGACAAUGGCUGGAGUAAGUCUUCCUGCCCCAGGAGUCCCUGCUUGGGCUCAGGAGAUUUCGGAUGCCCAGUGGGAGGAUGUGGUACAGAAGACUCUCCAGGCUCGACAGGCAACCUCUACAUGGAAGUGACUACCACUGAGAACAGUCCCAAUACCAGACCUAGUACCACCUUGAUACACAACUGGAUAAAUUCCUGGUCCCAAAUCAUUUGGUUCCUCUUACGCCCUUCUAUAUCACAGACAAACUCAGACUUCUCUCCAGAGAUCCACUUUAUUCAAUUCUGUACAUAUGGGGACAUCUGCCCAAGCCCAACCCACCUUAGCAUGUAACACUUUGCAGAGAAUAAAGCACCCUAUGUACACA